CAGAGCGGCGCAGAACAGAGCAAGUGUCUCAAUUGGCAUUCGUGGCUGCUUUCUAGCUUCUGCGCACAUUUUCGGCUUACCAGCGAGAAUUUCGGAGGCUAGCCGCAGAGGCUAGCUGUCAGUGACGAUCCGUGUCCGCCUCGGUGCUGUCUCCCGGCUAAGAUCGUUCAGUUUAAUCGCUGGAGAAAUAGCAAACCAAAACACGGCUCUCAGAUUGAUGAAUCAGCCUUUCUAGCCCAUGUUGAAAAUGGGACCCAAGUGAUCAGGGGAGACGAUGGACAUUGAGGACGUAAGCUGGCCGAUCCUGGUGGCGCUCUUCUGCGUCUCGCUCCUGGUUGUGCUCACAUGGCUCGUUCAGUUCUCGCAGGCUCUGCUGUGGUCCAGGAGAGGCAGCCGAGCGGCGCAGAGCAGAGACGCGCCGUGGCAGCUGCCCCUACGCCUCACUCACCACACACUGACGGGAGGAGUGUGGGGUUUGCUGCUCAGGUACCGGCUGGGCCGAUGCGACUCUGAGGCUGGUGUCAAGGGCCUCCUGUCCUCACUUUUCACGUUCAGGUCGUUCAGAGAGCACUGUCAGCGAGCGUGGGUGAGAGCACUCAACGAGCAAGCCUGCCGGCAAGGGAGCUCAAUUCAGAUCACCUUCGACGAUAGCAUUCAGCUCCCCGUGUCUGCGUCCAUCGAGCAUGUGACCUGCACAGACCAGUCAGCACACAGCAUGGUUCUGCAGUGCAAAUGUUUGUUUGACACGGUAACGUUCCCUGUAACGGUCACUCAGCAGUCACCGGCAGCCGUCUCCAUGGACACGUACCAGGUUUCCAUGGAGCCCAUGCAGGCCCAGUUGCAGGUCUGCUUGGAGGAGGUGGAGAAAGAAGGUCUCCUGGUGUCCUGGAUGUUUUCCCAGCAGCCCCUGGUCUCGUUAACCCUGACACCUCGACACAGAGUUCAGAGAGAGGAUUCGGAGUCGGAGGUGGACGUGGAUAUGAUAAAGAAGCUGGUGGAGGAUACACUAUACACCACGCAGCCUGCAAUGAUCCUCAACCUGAGAGCAUGUGUCUCCAGUCCUGCUUUUCCACGCGAAAAACAAGAAGGGAGUCAAAACUCUCCACAGCAGAGCAACGCUAUCAAACGCCUUCUGGUUCGCCAGCUCAAAGUAUCCCGGAUCAAAAAAGGUCCACAGGAUCACGUUGGGGAGCUGUGCUGCGUGCUGAGCCUGGACAUCCCACUGCUGGAGAAGAGAACCCGCUUCCUCACACCUUCCUCCAGCCCCAGAGCCACGCUGGACUGGGGGGAGGACCUUACACUGGAUUUGCAGCCAGAAACCAAAGAACUCAAAGUUAGACUAGUGGAGCGCAAUAGCAAAGGAGAACAAUUCUUGCCGGGCCACGCUUGCUUAUCCCUGGAUAUCCCUAAGAGGAGUCCCAGUGGACAGCAAACACUUUCCAUUACACCAGGUCAUGGUCUAACACCGACAGCAACUGUCACGUUGGAGCUCCUGUAUGUGGAGCUGAAUGACGUGCGUGGAUGUCAUAAUGCCACACCGCUCCGCUCCUCACUCACGCCGUCCAAAAAAGUGGAUGUGGACCGUACCAUCAUGCCUGAUGGCACUAUUGUCACUACAGUCACCACCAUCCAGUCACGGCCGAAGCUGGACCGCAAACUAGGAGAUUCUCCUUCCAAGUCUCCAUCUAAAGUGGAGGUUACAGAGAAAAGACCGACGGUGUUGACGGACAGCUUCCACAGCCGAGACAGCGUCAGCCCCACAGCCAGCAAAAGCCCCAUCUCAAACGGGCUGGAUCCUGUAGCCGAGACAGCAAUCCGGCAGCUGACUGAGUCGGCCAGUAAGGUGGUGAAGAAGACGCCCACUAAACGCAGCACCCUCAUCAUCUCUGGAGUGUCAAAGGUUCCAAUUACAGAAGACGACUCCGCGCUGUCGGUGGGCUAUGCUGCAGCCAUGGACGCUGCCUUGCAGGGAGAGAAUUCUCCCGCAGGGGCCCCCAACCAUCACGGAGCUGCAGGACACCAGGAUGCAGAUGAGACCACACCAUCCGAUGCAUCCGAACGGCCGUCCGUGGAUGACGUGGAGUCGGAGACAGGCUCUACUGGGGCACUCGAGACACGUAGCCUCAAAGAUCACAAAGUGGGCUUCCUCCGGAGUGGCACAAAGCUCUUGUUCCGCAAGAGACACAGGCAGAAGAACUCGAGCUUCAGCCAGUCCCACGAGGACGUCACCAACCUGGACAACGACCCGUCCACGGCUUCCUGUUCCUCCAGUGGGCGCAAGAAAUCCGGAAGCUUCUCUCGCCGCCUCAUCAAACGCUUCUCCUUCCGCUCAUCUAAAAGCAAGGGCAAAAACAGUUCUACAAACGGAGGAGCCAGCACGCUUGACAACUGAAAACACUGAGAAAAGCGGAAAGACACGGUGCAGGCGCCUGUCAAAAGACGUUUGAAAGAGUUAAUAAAAAUAAGUUCACUAAGAUAAUAAGUCCUUGAUUUAGUGGUGUUUGUUUUUCAAAGCCUUUUAUGUGACUCAAAAGGCAAAAGGCUGCAUUUUGACCCUUUGUGCUUGACCCCACGCAAACGAUGAGGACUGAUGGCUCAGGCUGAAAUCUCAGAUAUGGGGAAAACAAAGGGUUUGUGAAUUUCUGAAAGACGUUUGAUUGUCUUAAAUGGUUUAUUUAAUAAAAUAUUUCAAAUGGCUGCUUUUCUGGAAAAUAAGGAAGAACAACCGUAGAAGAGUGAAAUGCUGUUUUAUAUGUUCAGCACAAGGGGGCGAUGUGACCCAAUCCUCAUCAAAGCCUCCCUAACUUUAUGUUGCUAUAUAUUUUUUAUUAUUUAUUUUAAUUUCCAUCGGCUGCACUUUUGGGACUUUAUCAGAUUGUUUACAGUGCCGGGGAGCAUCUCAUGAUGUUUUAUCACUUUGUGUUUUGUAAGGUCAUGACACUAAAUUAUUAUGUCUUACAAAACUGGGAGUUUCUCAUAUAUUACAUACAAUGCAGCUUGUACUGUGUGCUUAGUUGUUUUGCUGUAGUUAAUGGCAAUUUAGAUCGGAUAUUAAGCUGUUUUUCAAAUAGUGGUACUUAUUUGCUUUUCAUUGUGGCACAGUCUUCUUUUAUAAUAUUUAUUUGUGAACAAAAAAAAAAUCUCAUGGUUAGGUUUAAGGGGAAUUUAUUUGCUUGUAAGUUAGGACACAGGUGAUGGAGAUAAACUAAGUAAAGUGAUCUAUGUUUGUUCUUAAAUUAUAUUUACUAUAAGUUGAAAAAUAUUUCAGGGUUCAUGCAUAUGAAACAAAACAAAACAAAAGACAACCUCAGGGGACAUUGUUAAUGGUUUGCGCAAAUAGUUUUCCAUCUUUUCCACACCGAUCCCAGAACAUUUGCUUGAAAUCUUUAUUUUCUUCCUUAACUGCAAUAAUCCCCAGCCCCCUUUCCUAGCAUGGAUCACUGGGAGAACCUGGCCUAAAUGUAUGUAAAUAGUGCUGUUUAAAUGAGAUUGCUUUAAUGUGUAAAUAGUUUUACAGUUGUGGAGGAGACGGCUGUUUCUAAAUUGACAUUUAAAUUAGCUUUGCACCUCAAAUGACAGGCUUUACGAGGAGGGUUUAAUUCUUACUUGGCCUGAAGAAGAGCCAUUUUUUUAGCUAUACAAAUAAUUUGUCCCACUUAUUAAAGUGCAGUAAAGCUUUUUGCCCGUUCUCCAUGCUCUUUGACUUCACACCCACACAUUCCAUUGCAUGGCCUUUAUUUAUGGAAGAUUUCUCGCAAAUCAUAUAGAAGUCAGUAAUGUUUUAAAGUGAAUCGUCUUAUGCCAGGCUGUGUGGUUUCUGGUCUCUUCUCUGCUAAUGGUGUGAAUUAUUAAUAAAAAAACACCCACAAACACACUAGCACUAACCUUAUAGGCCCAGAAUCUUUUUUUCUUUCUUUCCCAACACUCAACAGAGAUGAAGGUCCCCUCCGAUAGUUGGAGCUUUAUAUUACCGAUGUUUAAUUUAUUCUGAAUAACUUAUUAUUAUUAUUAUUUUUGAAAAUGCAGUCUUUUUUUUUUUUUUUUAGUUAUUCUUCUCCACUAACCCAGACUGUGCUUAUCUUCAAACACAGCACUGCAUUUUACUCUGUGGAAAAAUAAAUAAAUAAAUACAUCAUGUACCUGAAUGCCAUGGCCAGUAAAUGCAAAAAUGUAAUUCAACAAAAAUGUUGUAUUUCCUCAGACAAUAAUUUUGUUGCAGAAGACAUGAACAUCACCAUGAGGAUCCUCUGUGUGAUAAGAUUUAAGGGUAGAUGAGGACAUUUGAUUGACCAGAUUGUUAAGAGUUUUGCAAGAAACCAAUAAAGACACAUUUUUGUUGGCUUCC